AGUUGUAGCAAAUAUGUGAUAAAUUAAAGUAUUUUUUUUUUUCAUUUUUAAAUUCAAGAGUUAAUUUAUUGUCAGUCCAAAUAUUUUAUUCUAGUUAAAAUCUUAGUUAAAUAAAGUCGAAAUUAAAACAUUUAUCAAGAUAUUUUUUCCAUUAGUCUGCUUUAAAUUCAUCAUAAUUUAUUUUAAGUUAAAGUGUUUUUUUAUAAAUCUUGUUUGUAUAAAAAAAUAAAGAAAAAAAAAAAAACAACACAAAAGAGACACAUUGGUAUUGUAUUGAAGUCAAUAAUAUUAAUUACAAAUGUUGUGAUAACAAUGGAGAUUGAAAGAACUGAUAAACAAUUUAUUCCAAAUGCAACAAGGAAUUCAGUUCUAUACGAUUUAAAUUUCCGAGGACCACUUGUCAAACGAAACUGUACAGAUGUGAUUUGUUUACUAUUCUUCUUUAUUUUUCUUAUCAUAUUUGGAUUUACUGUCUAUUUUGCGCAACGUGAAGGAAAUUUAAGUAAAUUGCUAGUAGCACGUGAUUCGGAAGGAUUUCAAUGUGGAAAAGAUAGUGAAGUUGUUAAUUCGACUUUUCUCUUUUUCUUUGACUUGUCAAAAUGUGCUGAUCCACUUGUUCCUAUUAAUGGAUGUCCAACACCCCAAAAAUGCGUUUCAGAAUGUCCACACGAAGCUUUUAUUCAUGACAAAACAAAGUGUACAAAGGAUAUUGCAGAAUACAAGAAGAAGUUGAUCUGUACUCGUCAUGUAGACAUUCAAAGUCUUAAAAAUUGUAAUGAAAUAGACAUAAAAAUACAAAAUCAAGAAUGCGCGCAAUGGUAUUUGAAGUCAGAACCACUUGGAAACCGGUGCUUACCUACUUUAGAUGACAUUGGAACUAUUAUUGACAAAUCAGAGGAAAUGCAAAAGAUAUUUGAAGCUUUGUACAACAUUGAGUUAUUUGGUUCAUUAAAUGGGAUGAGGCAAUUGAUUGUUCAGGACACAAUCAAUACAUGGCCCGUGCUUGUUGGAGGUCUGGUAAUAUCUGCCUUUUGCUCCUUGAUAAUAAUUGCUAUUAUGAGAUGGGUAGCGGGACCAAUUGUGUGGUUGUCGAUAACAGGUGUAUUAACCUUGCUAGGAACCGGAUUAUUCUUUAGCUAUAGACAAUAUGACUUCUAUAGUAAGAAGCCAGUCGACCGAUACAAUCUUCAACCAAAUCUCAAAUCAAUCAUCAAUUCUUAUUUUAUCGAAGCAAAUACUUGGCUUUAUAUUUUGAUUGGAUCAUCAAUAGUCUUUUUGGUAAUCUUGCUCUUAGUUAUUGUUUUCCGUAAACGAAUAACAAUUGCAAUCGCUCUUAUUAAGGAAGGAAGCAAAGCUGUAUCAUCAAAUUUGACAACAAUCUUAUUUCCAAUAUUUCCAUGGAUUUUACAAACAAUCGUCACAGUUGUAUCAAUUUAUUCAUUUUUACAUCUUCUAUCAAUUGGUAAACCAAUUUACAAAGUCUUGGGAAUGAAUGAAUCGUGUCUUUGUACUGGAAACUAUUCUUCUAUACAGAAUGGUGAUCUGUGUGAUCCGAUAAAAUUGCAUGAUUUUUGUGGAUCUCAGAGUGAUGGAUUAAAGUGUCAUAUGUCUUGCCAUUAUACUGGAAUUCAACCUCCUCCAAUUGCAAUCUAUUUUAAAUUCAUUAAUGUUAUUGGAUUCUUUUGGUUGUUAUUUUUUGUAUCAGCCUUUUCGGAAAUGGUGUUAGCUGGAACAUUUGCACGAUGGUAUUGGACAAUGAAGAAAAGUGAUGUGCCAUUUUUUAAUCUGACUAGAAGCAUAUAUCGAACAGUAAGAUUUCAUCUUGGCACAUUGGCUUUUGGAUCAUUAAUUCUAACAAUAUGUAGAAUCAUUCGACUUAUUCUUGAGUAUGUGAAUGAAAAACUCAAAGCAUAUAAUAACGAAUUCACCAAGGCUGUAAUGUGCUGUUGUCGAUGUUUGUGCAUGUGUUUGGAGAACUUUUUGAAAUUCUUGAACAAAAAUGCCUACAUAAUGUGUGCGAUUCAUGGAAAAGCAUUUCUACCUAGUGCCAAAGAUGCAUUCAGUCUUUUAAUGAGAAACUUUCUGCGAGUAAUUGCAUUGGACCAAACAACAGAUUUUCUUUUCUUCUUAUCGAAGCUUCUCAUAUCACUUGGGACAUCUGCAUGCUGUUAUGUUUAUUUGACAAGUGAAUGGUUUCCAAAGCACUUUCCACACAUUUUUCUCCACUACCCACUUGCUCAGAUACUUUUUAUCUUUAUUCUAUCAUAUAUCAUUGCCUCUAUCUUCUUCAACGUUUAUUCGAUGGCUGUUGAUACACUGUUCCUGUGUUUCUUGGAAGAUUGUGAAAGAAAUGAUGGAAGUCCAGAUCGGCCAUACUUUAUGAGCAAGAAGUUGUUGAACAUUCUUCGUAAAAGAAACAAAUAAAUUUACAAUUGGGUGAUUCCGAGAUUUUCAAAAAAGCUCGAAUAGUCAUCAAUUUAAAAAAAUGAUAUCUCUCCAUUUUCUUGCAUAUUUUACAAUAAUAGAGGCUUUCCAUUUAGGAAUGGGAAAUAUUUAAUAAUAUAUAUAUAUACUUUAGUGAAAUUGAUCGAUAAUGUUUUGAAUAAAUUUGUUAAAAUAUCACAACCGAAAAAGUCAU